GCAGUACCCAGAGUUAGGGGUCUGGAAGCAGGAGACAGGUGUAGCUGAGAGGUCACAGCAAGGGGAAGACACUGGCCUGGGAGCCAGAGACCUGAUUUUCACUAGCCUCUCACUAGCUGUGUCACUUUGGACUUAGACUCUCUGAGCCUUGGUUUCUUUGCCUGCACAAUGGACCCAGGGAUAAUCUCCUCCUGGGCUCUUGGAGAUGAAGUAGUUGAUGAAUACGAAAGCACUUGGCCACCUAGAAGGGCCUCCCCAGACCAGUGUGAAGGGUGGUUGUCAUGACAUUUGUAGUAACAGUGGCUUCUUCUGUCUUUCCAGAUCCAGAAACAGCAUGUACACACCCAUCCCCAAAAGCGGCUCCCCGUUCCCAGCCUCGGUGCAGGCUCCUGGCCUGCACGUGUGGCGGGUGGAGAAGCUGAAGCCAGUGCCGGUAGCACGUGAGGACCAAGGCAUCUUCUUCUCGGGCGACUCGUACCUAGUGCUGCACAAUGGCCCAGAGGAGCUCUCCCACCUGCACCUGUGGAUAGGCCAGCAGUCAUCCCGAGAUGAGCAGGGGGCCUGCGCCAUGCUGGCCGUGCACCUCAACACCCUGCUUGGGGAGCGGCCUGUGCAGCACCGAGAGGUGCAGGGCAAUGAGUCCGACCUCUUCAUGAGCUACUUCCCACGUGGCCUCAAGUACCAGGAAGGCGGAGUGGAGUCAGCAUUUCAUAAGACCUGCCCAGGGACCACCCCAGCUGCCAUCAAGAAACUCUACCAAGUGAAGGGGAAGAAGAACAUCCGUGCCACCGAGCGGGCGCUGAGCUGGGACAGCUUCAACACCGGGGACUGCUUCAUCCUGGACCUGGGCCAGAACAUCUUUGCCUGGUGUGGGGGAAAGUCCAACAUCCUGGAGCGCAACAAGGCGCGGGCCCUGGCCCUGGCCAUCCGGGACAGUGAGCGGCAGGGCAAGGCCCAGGUGGAGAUCGUCACUGAUGGGGAGGAGCCUGCUGAGAUGAUCCAGGUCCUGGGCCCCAAGCCUACUCUGAAGGAGGGCAACCCCGAGGAAGACCUCACAGCUGACCAGACAAAUGCCCAGGCUGCGGGUCUCUAUAAGGUCUCUGAUGCCACUGGACAGAUGCACCUGACCAAGGUGGCUGACUCCAGCCCUUUUGCCCUGGAGCUGCUGCUCUCUGAUGACUGCUUCGUGCUGGACAACGGGCUCUGUGGCAAGAUCUACAUCUGGAAGGGGCGAAAAGCUAAUGAGAAGGAGCGGCAGGCGGCCCUCCAGGUGGCUGAGGACUUCAUCUCCCGCAUGCAGUACUCCCCAAACACUCAGGUGGAGAUUCUGCCCCAGGGCCGUGAGAGUCCCAUCUUCAAGCAAUUCUUCAAGAACUGGAAAUGAGGGUGGGCGUCUCCCCCUCCAACCUGCUUGCUCCUCCUCCGGCUGCCUGGUCAGUUGCCCCCCACGAUGUUCAAUAAAGGCGACAAGUGCUUCCCUGCUCUCUGCCU